AUGGCUACAUCCCUAGAGCCAUGUGCUAAGCAUGGGCAGCCACAUAUGGGAGUCAAAUCAGCUCAGGAACUCAGAAAGAUGAACAAAAGUCAAGCUUUUCAUAAAGAAACCAUACCAAAGCAUGUAUUUGGCAGUUGGAGCAGUUGGCAAGUAUGGGCAGCUGGAGCAGUUGUCAUGUAUGAGCAGCUGGAGCAGUUGGGAGCAGCUAAGAGAGGUGUGCUUCACUAG